AUGAAGUUUGGAAAGGUUUUUAAGAAACAAAAGGUACCUGAAUGGACUGAGGCCUAUGUGGAUUACAGUGGACUUAAACACAUACUGCUAGAGAUCCGUCGAUUGAGACUAAGUAAUCAACCCGGAACUCCCUCCAGACCUGUUUAUCAGAGAGCCUUCAGUGGUCUUAAUCGACAAGCGAGUUGUAAUGGAGGCUCAGGGGAUUUGGAGAACCAAGUGAUCAAUGUUACUACCGUGCCACAGCAGAAUUCUGGGAGGUUGUACAAUACGGAAGUGCUUGUGUCCCCUGGAGAAGGAGGGGGAGAAAGUGAGAUCAGUUUCUUCAAGAAACUUGAUGAUGAGCUCAACAAGGUGAAUUCUUUCUACAAGGAGAAGGUGGAGGAAGUCACAAAAGAAGCCGCUUCCUUGAACAAACAGAUGGAUGCUCUCAUUGCUUUGCGUAUUAAAGUGAUGGAUGCAUAUAAGCAUGUUUCGAGCUCUCCAAAGCAUCUCCCCGUGAACACAAAUGAUUCUGCAAGUUCUAAGGUUAGCUCUCCAGGUGAAACUGGGAAUGCAGAGUCGGAGAGAAACAUUUCAGCAUCCGAAGUGGAACUACAACCGUCAAACAAUGAUGGAGUGGGAGGCUGUUCUUCGAGAGGGAAGGAACAUAUGAGAGAAGAUCAACAUUCUUCUCUAGAAAUACUUGAUAGAGUAAAAAUUACAAAUACAUUUGAAACUCCAAUGUCAACCAUUAAAGGUGUGUUGCUGGAUGAGAAAGUGAAGGAUUUGAGUUUUAAUAAGGAUGAGCUAAAAGAAGUAGAGGAAAGGCUGAAAAUUAUAUUCUCUGAGUUUUAUCGGAAGCUUCAACUUCUCAAAAACUUCAGUUUCAUGAACCUCUCAGCAUUUUCCAAGAUAUUAAAGAAGUAUGAGAAGGUCACAUCAAGGGGUGCAGCAAGGUCAUAUAUGAGAACUGUAGACAAUUCGUACCUCGGAAGCUCUGAUGAAGUAAAUAAUCUCUUGGACAGGGUGGAGGCAACCUUUAUUAAACAUUUUGCCAGUUUAAAUCGCCGAAAGGGUAUGAAAUUCCUGAGGCCAAAACGCAAAACAGAAAAGCAUCGCAUAACAUUCUUUUCAGGCUUCUUUACUGGUUUCACAAUUGCUCUGGUGAUUGCUGUUAUCUUCCUUAUAGAAGCCAAAAAGUUAGUAGAUAAAAAGGAAGGCAGCCUGUAUAUAACCAAUAUUUUUCCACUUUACAGUUUUUACAUCUAUAUUAUUCUUCACGUGCUCCUGUAUGCUGCAAAUAUAUAUUUCUGGAAACGCUACAGGAUCAACUACCCUUUUAUAUUUGGUUUUAAACAAGGAACUGAAUUAGGUUACCGGGAAGUAUUUCUCCUUGGUAGUGGAUUGUCGAUGCUUUCUCUUGCCACUUUGGUCGUGCAUUUGCAUAUGAGGCUGGAUUCAGGAGCUCAAGUUCAGAAUAAAUAUGCGGAAUACAUCCCACUAGGCCUGAUCUCUGUUGUCCUCCUCAUUAUGUUCAGCCCUUUCAACAUCAUAUAUCGUUCAAGUCGUUUAUUCCUAAUUAAAAGUGUCUUUCGGUGCAUCUGUGCUCCUCUGUACGAGGUUACGCUCCCAGAUUUUUUUGUGGGGGACCAGCUUACUAGCCAGAUACAAGCCAUAAGAAGCUUCGAAUAUUACAUAUGUUACUAUACGUAUGGAAAAUCUCAAAGACAAAAGAAGUGUGAUAUUCGCAACGCCUACACAGUUUUCUAUUUCAUUGUUGCAGUGAUACCAUAUUGGCUACGGUUCCUUCAGUGUGUUCGCCGACUUUGUGGAGAGAGAGACUUCAUACAUGCAAUUAAUGGUUUGAGAUACUUCUCAACAAUCAUAGCAGUUGUCAUGAGAACAGCCUUUGAACUGAGAAAGAAACUGAGCUGGAAAAUAUUGGCCGUAGUGAGCUGGCCAAUAGCAACCAUGAUGAAUACGUAUUGGGACAUUGUAAUGGACUGGGGGCUACUUCAACGAAAAUCAAAGAACUUGUUUUUGAGAGAUAAGCUUGUGAUUACCCACAAGAGUGUUUAUUUUGCAGCUAUGGUAUUGGAUGUUCUUCUGAGAUUCGCUUGGGUGGAGCUGCUAUUUCCGAUGAAUUUGCACUCCCUACGAGGAACUACGAUUGCAGCCACAUUUGCUUGCUUAGAAAUCAUUCGUCGUGGUAUGUGGAACUUCUUCAGGUUGGAAAAUGAACAUCUGAACAAUGUUGGCAAGUACAGAGCAUUCAAAUCAGUCCCACUUCCUUUCAGUUACGAUGACGAGACAGACGAGAACGAUGAAAAGGAUGAUUGA